AUGAUGGAUGAUGAUUUAUCAUGGUUAUCCUCAUCGACAUCAACUGAAAGUUCAUUAUCAUCAUCAUCAUCGUCGUCAUCAUUAACUGAAAAUUCAUCGUCACCGACUGACUUACCGAAUGUUACUGUUAACAACACAGUGUCGAAUAAAC